AUGGGGAGAGACGUGGCGGAGGAGGAGGCCUGGGGGAAGAGAAGGAAGGAAGUGGGUGUGCAGGAGGACAGGGUGGGCCAGGCCCGGGACAAGGGCGAGGGCGGGAGGACCUCGGAGGAGGAGGACAGGAGUGCCCGGAAGAGAAGCGGGCUGUCAGGGAGCUCUGGGCCCGGCCGGGAUGCUGACCAGUGGCAGAGGGUGAAGCUGCAAGGCCAGGCCUCUCCACCCCGGGACUCCGACCUGCACUGGCUGACGGAGUUUCCCAAGCGGCUGCCUAAUGAGAAGCAGCAGAGAAAGCGGGGUAACGACGACCGGCUGCCCAGGGCCGGCUCCCUGCACACUGUGCGGCUGGCCAGCUUCGGGCUGCAGGAGGGAAGGGCUACUUCCCCACCUGCUCCAUCCUGUGAUCCCAGCGGGGACGGGGAGGAGGAGGACCAGUGGCCCGUGGCCAACGGGAGAGGCAGCGGGGCUGGCGGGCGGGCGCGGUUCCGGGGGUGGGCGGGCCGGGCGGUGAGAAGGCGGGGCCGCCGCACUGGCUGCACCCAGGCUCCGCCGCCCGCAGCCAGAGCGAGCGGAGCCUCGGCCAGGCUAGCUCCCGGGGACGGCGAGCGGAGCGCAGCCCCAUCCGCCCGCAGAGCGGCCCGAGCCGGACGCGAGCGCUGCCGCGAGAGGGGGGCGAGCCGGGCAGGUGCUACGGGCCGCGCCAUGGACGGGCCGCGCCUGCUGCUCCUGCAGCUGCUGCUCCUCGGGGUGUCCCUCGGAGGUGCCAAAGAGGCCUGUUCCUCCGGCCUAUACACCCACGGCGGGGAGUGCUGCAAGGCCUGCAACCUGGGGGAGGGAGUGGCCCAGCCCUGCGGGGCCAACCAGACCGUGUGUGAGCCCUGCCUGGACAGUGUGACGUUCUCCGACGUGGUGAGCGCCACUGAGCCGUGCAAGCCGUGCACCGAGUGCGUGGGCCUGCAGAGCAUGUCGGCGCCGUGCGUGGAGGCGGACGACGCCGUGUGCCGCUGCGCCUACGGCUACUACCAGGACGAGGUGACGGGCCGCUGCGAGGCGUGCAGCGUGUGCGAGGCGGGCUCGGGCCUGGUGUACUCAUGCCAGGACAAGCAGAACACCGUGUGCGAGGAGUGCCCCGACGGCACCUACUCUGACGAGGCCAACCACGUGGACCCGUGCCUGCCCUGCACUGUGUGCGAGGACACCGAGCGCCAGCUGCGGGAGUGCACGCGCUGGGCCGACGCCGAGUGCGAGGAGAUCCCUGGCCGCUGGAUCACACGGUCCACGCCCCCAGAGGGCGCAGACGGUACAGUGCCCGGCACCCAGGAGCCUGAGGCACCUCCCGAACAAGACAUCGUGGCCAGCACGGUGGCAGAUGUGGUAACCACUGUGAUGGGCAGCUCCCAGCCCGUAGUGACCCGGGGCACCGCCGACGACCUCAUCCCCAUCUACUGCUCCAUCCUGGCUGCAGUGGUGGUGGGCCUUGUGGCCUACAUCGUGUUCAAGAGGUGGAACAGCUGCAAGCAGAACAAGCAGGGCGCCAACAGCAGACCCGCGAACCAGACACCCCCGCCUGAGGGCGAGAAGCUCCACAGCGACAGCGGCAUCUCCGUGGACAGCCAGAGCCUGCACGACCAGCAGUCCCACACGCAGACGGCCCAGGGCCAGGCUCUCAAGGGUGACAGCGGCCUGUACAGCAGCCUCCCCCCAGCCAAGCGGGAGGAGGUGGAGAAGCUGCUGAACGGCUCAGCGGGGGACACCUGGCGGCACCUGGCAGGCGAGCUGGGCUACCAGCCCGAGCACAUAGACUCCUUCACCCGUGAGGCCUGCCCCACCCGCGCCAUGCUGUCCACCUGGGCCGCCCAGGACAGCGCCACUCUCGACGCCCUCCUGGCCGCCCUGCGCCGCAUCCAGCGAGCCGACAUUGUGGAGAGCCUGUGCAGCGAGUCCACGGCCACCUCCCCCGUGUGAGCCGGCUGACCGGAACCCCCGCCCUGUCCCCACAUUCUGACGACUGAAGCUCCAGCCAGCCCCCAUGGAGCCCGAGUCACCUGGGGUGGGUCAGCCCGGCAGAGCUGAGCUCCACUGGGCAGGACUUCCGAGCCCAGGUCCCCACACCACAGCCCUGCCACAGCUCCGUGUGGCCCCUCGAUUCUGAUCACCGACCCACUCCAGCAAGAGAAGUGGCCCUCCCUGCCCCCCUCCCACUGUCACCUGCUGCCUUCUCCUCUACCCACUGCUAGGAGGGCCGCCCUCCCCACCUCAGCUGGGAGUGGCUGCCCCCAGGGAGGGCCUGGGACAGUGAGGAGGCCCCAGGGCCUCAGAAGGAGGUCCUGAGGAACCAGAGCCAUGGACUCUACACUGUGAACUUGGGGAGCGAGGGGGCGCUUAGUAGCCUGAACCCUCCCUCCACCCCGCCCCCUCCCUGCUGGCCUGAGAUCCGAGCUCAGAGGCCCAGGCUGAGCUGUAAGGGGGCGUGGAACCCCGUCCCCCUUCCUUUCACUUGGAGGACAGUGAGGCCCAGAGAGAGGCAGUGACUCCCCCAAAGCCACCCAGCAAUGGGGAUGUGCCGUGCAGCCUGGCACCCUCCUCUCUGAAUGAGCGCCCUUGGUCUCUGGAGAGUCUGAGUGGCCUUCAGGGAAAUGUCUUGCAGCUGAGUUCACUGCCAUGCAGGCCCCUGUGUGGCCCCUUGGGGGUGGGCUGCUGGCCCUCAGGUGUGUUUGCAGGAGUCAGGUUUGGGGUUUGUGGGAUGAGCUGCAACUGCCCUCUGCCUGUCCCCCUUGGGCUAGUCCCCAAGUCUGUUGGUGUCCCUUGUCCUGGUACAGACCUGGGGCCAGCACCGGCCCCUAGAAUCAGCCCUAGGGGUCAGAGACGGAGGACCCUGACUUCUCCACACAUACACACACACACAGGGUGAGACGCCGGCUCUUUUCGCGGGUCCCUGCUCUGGAGCUGAGGACUGGCCCUUGCUGGAGCUGCUGGCCUGCAGCAUCGGCUGGGCGGUCUCCCUCAUCCCAGCCUUGGCCGGCUGAGGACUGCUGAGGCCGGAGCUGGCGUCCGUCUGUCUUCCGUCUGUCUUCCAGGGGCCUGCGUGGAGGAACGCUCCCCACCCCCCUUUCCCACAACCCGGUCUUGGCCAGGCCCAGAGGUUCAGCGAAGAAAAGCAGGCCCUUGGUGUGGGAAUGCAGCAAGAAGGAAUCCAGUUGGACUUGUCGUCUCCAGGGGCUUCCAAGCUUAGGGGACCCUGCAGAGGAUCGUUUUCCUUGGUGUGGCCAGAAAGGGGCCGUGGCUCUCAGUGGCUUUUCACCUCUUCCCCGGCCUGUUCUGUGUUGCUUGCUGUUGGAAUGAAUGUGUCCCCCCUCCAAGCAUGAAGGAGCCCGGGGAGGGCGUGCAGGACUGCCACCCCACCCCUGCCCAGGGCUCUCCCGAGCCUGCUUUAGGGACCAGGAGCCUUGCACUAGGUGAUACGUGGGGACCUCAGUCUGUGACACCUGCUGGGCCCGUGCCCAGGCACCCGGGGCGUGGGACAGGCUGAGGGUAUUUAUUUUCCUGCCCCACCGCUGGGAAGGAGGUUGGGGGCUGCCGAGUCUGUCUUAGCAUGCGUUUGGUUCUGGGGCCCUGCCCCCCUCCAAGACCCUAGGGGCUACGAAGGAAUCCUGCAGCUGGGAGCUGGGAACUCCAGACCUCCCGUCACCGUCCCUGUCACCCCUCCUUGCAUCCUGUGUAAUCAUGUUUCGGGCCCUCCUGAAGCCUACGCAUCGAAUAUAAGUGAUGAACAUUAAAUAGCAAAGAAAGAAACA